UCCAGCCGACACAUUCAAUAGAACGAACCAAACGAAUCAAGUACAACACAAGUGUGACCUCGAGCGAACAGUCAAGACAUUGUGAUCCAUAACUUUAAUUAUCACGUAAACCAAUCUCUCUGCCAUGGGCAAUCUCAAGCAGUUCCUUCUGUUGCAAUUUGUUCUGCUGAGUGCUGUAGUGCGUUCGGCACAACCCCAAGCCAUCGGAACGGACUGCGCCGGAAAGGACUAUCUCUGUCUGGACGAGAGCCGUUUUCUAAUCUGUAUCGAUUUGGGUGAUGGGAGACCGCAAACAGUGGACGAUGUAGCCCAGUCAUGUCCCACGGGCACAUUCUGUAGCAAUGCAGGACAAUUUGAAUGUGAUUCUUCGGUACCACCGAGUACUAGUUCUACCGCUAUACCGACACCUUCAGAGUCUCCAGUAGAACCAGCUGGUCCUCAAGAUCCUGCUCAGCCUCCCGCAGAUGACAUAUUGGCGGAUUCACAGUCAAACAGUACUGCUGUUGAGGUUGAACAGACAAUUGCUCCUCAACCCGAAACUUCCGUUGCUCCUGGAGAACUCCAACCAGAAUCUUCCAUUGCACCAGAAGUAUCUGAAACAGUUCCUGAAGAAAUCCAGCCUGAAACAUCUGCUGCACCUGUAGAACCUGAACCACUAACUUCGAUAGCACCGGAAGUGCCACAACCAGACACUUCCGCUGCUCCUGAAGAAUCGCAACCGGGAAGUUCUGCUGCUCCUGCAGACCCACAGCCGGAAACUUCCGCUGUUCCUAGCGAAUCUGUACCUGAAAAUUCGGUUGCUCCCGGAGAGUCCGAUUCGGGAUCUUCUGCUACUCCUGAUGCAACACAACCAGAAACUACCGUUGCUCCUGUAGAAGCUACUCCGGAAUCUUCUGCUGCUCCUGGAGAAUCGCAGCCAGAGCCUUCAGCUGCUCCUGGAGAACCUAACCCGGAAUCUUCUGCAGCUCCUGGAGAACUACAACCAGAGAUUACCGUGGCUCCUGCGGAACCUAAUCCGGAAUCUUCUGCUACACCUGGAGAACCACAACCAGAGACUUCAGCUGCUCCUGGAGAACAAAAUUCAGAAUCUUCUGCUGCACCUGGAGAGCAACAACCAGAAAAUUCUGUUGCACCUGGAGAACCUAAUCCGGAAUCAUCUGCUGCACCUGGAGAACCCCAACCAGGAAGUACUGGUGCUCCUGGAGAAUCCAAUCAAGCAUCUUCUGCCGCACCUGGAGAACAACAACCAGAAAGUUCUGCUGCUCCUGGAGAACCUAAUCCGGAAUCAUCUGCUGCACCUGGAGAACCCCAACCAGGAAGUUCUGCUGCACCUGGAGAAUCCAAUCAAGCAUCUUCUGCUGCACCCGGAGAACAACAACCAGAAAGUUCUGCUGCUCCUGGAGAAUCAAAUCAAGCAUCUUCUGUUGCACCCGGAGAAUCCCAAUCAGAAAGUACCGUGGGUCCUGCAGAACCAAAUCCGGAAUCAUCUGCCGCACCAGGAGAACCACAACCAGAGAGUACUGCUGCUCCUGGGGAACCUAAUCCGGAAUCAUCUGCUGCACCUGGAGAAUCCCUACCAGAAAGUACUGGUGCUCCUGGGGAAUCAAAUCAAGCAUCUUCGGCAGCACCUGGAGAACCACAACCAGGAAGUUCUGCUGCUCCUAUAGAACCUAACCCGGAAUCAUCUGCUGCACCUGGAGAAUCCCAACCAGGAAGUACUGGUGCUCCUGGAGAAUCCAAUCAAGCAUCUUCUGCUGCACCUGGAGAACCCCAACCAGAAAGUACUGGUGCUCCUGGAGAAUCCAAUCAACCAUCUCCUGCCGCACCUGGAGAACCCCAACCAGAAAGUACUGGUGCUCCUGGAGAAUCCAAUCAAGCAUCUUCUGCUGCACCUGGAGAACCCCAACCAGGAAGUUCUGCUGCUCCUGGAGAACCUAAUCCGGAAUCAUCUGCUGCACCAGGAGAACCCCAACCAGAAAGUACUGGUGCUCCUGGAGAAUCCAAUCAAGCAUCUUCUGUCGCACCUGGAGAACCACAACCAGGAAGUUCUGCUGCUCCUGGAGAACCUAAUCCGGAAUCAUCUGCCGCACCUGGAGAACCCCAACCAGGAAGUACUGCUGCUCCUGGAGAACCUAACCCGGAAUCAUCUGCUGCACCUGGAGAACCCCAACCAGGAAGUACUGGUGCUCCUGGAGAAUCCAAUCAAGCAUCUUCUGCCGCACCUGGAGAACCACAGCCAGGAAGUUCUGCUGCUCCUGGAGAACCUAAUCCGGAAUCAUCUGCUGCACCUGGAGAACCCCAACCAGGAAGUUCUGCUGCUCCUGGAGAACCUAAUCCGGAAUCAUCUGCUGCACCAGGAGAACCCCAACCAGAAAGUACUGGUGCUCCUGGAGAAUCCAAUCAAGCAUCUUCUGUCGCACCUGGAGAACCACAACCAGGAAGUUCUGCUGCUCCUGGAGAACCUAAUCCGGAAUCAUCUGCCGCACCUGGAGAACCCCAACCAGGAAGUACUGCUGCUCCUGGAGAACCUAACCCGGAAUCAUCUGCUGCACCUGGAGAACCCCAACCAGGAAGUACUGGUGCUCCUGGAGAAUCCAAUCAAGCAUCUUCUGCUGCACCUGGAGAACCCCAACCAGAAAGUACUGGUGCUCCUGGAGAAUCCAAUCAACCAUCUCCUGCCGCACCUGGAGAACCCCAACCAGAAAGUACUGGUGCUCCUGGAGAAUCCAAUCAAGCAUCUUCUGCUGCACCUGGAGAACCCCAACCAGGAAGUUCUGCUGCUCCUGGAGAACCUAAUCCGGAAUCAUCUGCUGCACCAGGAGAACCCCAACCAGAAAGUACUGGUGCUCCUGGAGAAUCCAAUCAAGCAUCUUCUGUCGCACCUGGAGAACCCCAACCAGGAAGUACUGUUGCUCCUGGAGAACCUAACCCGGAAUCAUCUGCUGCACCUGGAGAACCCCAACCAGGAAGUACUGUUGCUCCUGGAGAACCUAACCCGGAAUCAUCUGCUGCACCUGGAGAACCCCAACCAGGAAGUACUGGUGCUCCUGGAGAAUCCAAUCAAGCAUCUUCUGCCGCACCUGGAGAACCACAGCCAGGAAGUUCUGCUGCUCCUGGAGAACCUAAUCCGGAAUCAUCUGCUGCACCUGGAGAACCCCAACCAGAAAGUACUGGAGUUCCUGGAGAAUCCAAUCAACCAUCUUCUGCCGCACCUGGAGAACCACAGCCAGGAAGUUCUGCUGCCCCUGGAGAACCUAAUCCGGAAUCAUCUGCCGCACCAGGAGAACCCCAACCAGAAAGUACUGGUGCUCCUGGAGAAUCCAAUCAAGCAUCUUCUGCCGCACCUGGAGAACCCCAACCAGGAAGUUCUGCUGCUCCUGGAGAACCUAAUCCGGAAUCAUCUGCUGCACCUGGAGAACCCCAACCAGAAAAUACUGGAGCUCCUGGAGAAUCCAAUCAACCAUCUUCUGCCGCACCUGGAGAUCCCCAACCAGGAUGUUCUGCUGCUCCUGGAGAACCUAAUCCGGAAUCAUCUGCCGCACCAGGAGAACCACAACCAGGAAGUUCUGCUGCUCCUGGAGAAUCAAAUCCACCAUCUUCCGCUGCACCCGGGGAACCGCAACCAGAAACAUCUGUUGCUCCUGGAGAACCUCAACCGGAGUCGUCUACUGCACCUGAAAAUUCACAGCAACCAACACCAACAGCAACACCGAAGCCAUUCGUUUGUAGUCAAUCUGGACGAUUUCCCAAUCCCGACAACUGUCACAAGUACUAUCGGUGCAUAUGGCUUCCGUUUGGGCUGUUUGAACUCGAGCAGACUUGUCCCCUUGGAUAUGCGUACAACCCCUCGCUGCAACGUUGCACCGCCGAUCAGAGCCCUUGUUUCGGGGGACGAUUUACUUGCACCUCUCCCGGACGCUUUGCGGAUCCCCAAGACAACACCAAGUAUUUCUGGUGCGUGUGGAAUGCUCUUGGAGGGUAUCUACAGUAUAACCUUGAUUGUCCAAAUGGUCAGGAGUUCGAUGCAUAUCGUAGACGUUGUAUGACUCCAAGCGUAGAUUCCACGAGUGUUGAGGAUACCAAGCCCGAAGUUCACGAAUCCAACGAAUCCGAACGUGACUCCGAAGAAGUGAAGCAAAAGGUAAAGUUUGAGUGCUCCGAAGAAGGAACGUUUCCAGAUCCUGAAAACUGCUCUCGCUACUACAUCUGCACACUGAAAAAGAAGGACAAGUACAAGAAGAACAAGCUAAAGUGUCCGAAGGGUCAACGAUUUGAUUCCGCACAAGAAAUCUGUACCGACGAUGAAUUUGUGGUCUGUGGCUAGGAUGUCCAUUUCAACCGGUAUGAAUGCCCACUUCCGGGAAUCAUUUGAGUCAAAAAUUUAAUAACACAAUAGUUUGUUUGUUUUUGGAAGUCACAACCUUUAAAAAAAUCGAACAAUAUUAAUGAAAUACAAGGAACUGGAGAAAUGAAA